AUUGUGAUCAAUUUCAAAGUGAACAUUGAAUUGGAAGCAAGUGUCUAUUAAUGUGAUAAAAAAGGAAUUUUCUAGAAAGUUAAAGUUUUAUUUUUUUUUUGAAAUUUUAAGCUUCAUUGAGGUUUAGUUUCUGUUUUGAUAGCUGUAAAUCAUGGAAAUUAAGGGUUUACUUUUGUUUUUAGCACUUUUUUGCUACUCCACAUCAUCUCCAGCAUAUGAAUCAUCUCUCGAAGUUUACAACAAAGAAGACGACUCAAAUGACGAGUUUAGAUAUCCAUGCCCCGUAAAAUGGAAGCCUUAUCGUCUUGAUGAUGAGCCAAACAAGUACGGCAUCAAGUCAGGCAUUUAUCAACAUGAUGAUCAAGCAUUCAUCGCUCGUGGAAUCAUCAAAAACACAAUAACAUUCGGAAGAAUUAAGAUUGAUGGAAAGCCAGGCUUUUAUACACAAAUGGGCGGUGAGCAGUCAUUCAAUGACAAUCCUAAUCAAAUCUGGUACUUGGCAAAGAAUCAAGACUGCAAAUACUCUUGGGUUGAUGCUGAUGACGAGAGUCAGAGGAAGUUUGUGAUUGACAUUGGAAGUGAUGAAAUUGGAAUUAGAGUUUUCAUCCCAAGAUACUCACAAGCGCCACCAAUGAAAGGUGGAUUGUUCUAUUGGGACGAUGCUUUGGCUUCGUUGAAGAUUAGGAACAUUACGUACCAGACAUUGACUUGCAGAAGCAAGAAUCCUAUUACAUCCAGCAAGCAAAAGUACAACAGUCCAAAUUAUCCACCAACAAUUCAUAGAUCUGACGACUCAGGCUGCAAGCACACCUGGAAGUUCUUUAAUAAUCCAGCAGAACCAGCACAAGAUGGCCUUAACGCUGGUCUAUUUGAGGCUAAUAAUCCAGCAUAUGUUGGUAUGACAAUGGUCGGUAGAUUCUGGCGUCCAAGUAGAAUUCAAACUGUAUCUCCAGUCGGUGCUUACUAUCUUGAUGAUUUAGAGGAAGAACAUUGUAGAAAUCACAGCUACUACUUAGUAGACAAUCCAAAGUACAAAUACUAUUGGGUUGAUGUUGUUGGCAAUGAAUACAUUAAGAACUCAGUUGCUGUAAGUCAGGAUUCAGGACCAUUCAGGUUCCCAAUUGGUAAAGCUAUACUUAAUGGAAAGACAAUUAUUGGAUUGACUGAUGGCGUUGGUGGACUUAUAUAUCCUGAUAAGAAUGGUGAUCAGCAUGUUGUUGUUCAGUAUCAAGUGUUGGCAUGUGAUCCAGUUCCUAAGUACAAGUGUGCUCAAUCCUGGAAGUCCUACAAACUUGACACCGCACCAGCCACCGAUGGCUUCUUAGUCGGCAUCUACCGUAACAACAUCGAAGGAUUCGUUGGACGUACAAUCACACCAGAAUCUACUCAACACACAAUUGGAAGAAUUCGAAUCGGUUCAAGAUCCAAAGCUGGCCUUUAUUACUUCAAUGCUAAGCUAGGUUAUGAGUCACUUGACAGAUCUAGCUCAGUUGAGUAUCUCGUCAAGAACCAAGGUGACACUUACCAAUGGGUAUCAUCAUCAUCAGGCAAAGCUAUUGACAAUGCCAUCAGGAACCAAGAAAAUGGAGAAUUUAUGGUCGGCAAAAUUCAAUUUGAUGACAAGACUUAUGUUGGUGCUGUUAAGGCUGGUGAAGGGUUGAUCUUUACAGAUUAUAAAGGAAGGAAGCAAGUGUCUGUCAAUUAUGAGGUUUUGACUUGCUAUUCGUCGGUUUUGAGUCAGAAUUGAGGGAGGAGAUUUUGCUGAUAAAAGGACUCCUUUGAUGAUGUUUGAAGUUACUGUAAGGGAAAUUGGGGUCAAUAAAGGCUGGAGGCUGACAGUUGAAGGCAAAUUUGGGUUUUAAAAUUCAUUUUUAUGGAAAUUUACUUGAAAUUUUAAUUUUGUGCAAAUAAAAUAAUUUUUUGAUUUUAUUUU